GACAGGGCAGGGAGCAAGGGCACCAUGGGAGCAGGCAUCAAGGGCCACGGGGGUGCCAGGGCACCGCCUGCCCCAGCGCGGUGACAGGGAAGGGCUGGCUGGGAGCACCUGCUCGCCACCUCCCGUGUCCCCGUGGUGUCCCCGUGGUGUCCCCGUGUCACCUCUUCCUUGUGGCACAGGUCCAGGCUCCGUGGGACCCCUGGCCCCACCAUGGGGUGUUUAUGACGGAGGAGGGCAGCAGCAGGAGCUACACAGGGCACGGGGCAUUGGAUGGGCACUGCGGCUCCCCGAGGGACCUGUCUGGGCACGGCUCCGUCCUGCCCCCAGCUCUGAGGAUGCACAGGCUGCUCCUGCUCGGCUGCCUCUGGCUCCUGGCAGCACCCCCAGGGUCCAGCAUCUUCCAGCGGCCAACGGGGACCCCAGCCCCCCUGCACCUGCAGUACCUGCUGGAGCCCCUGCACCCCACGGUGCACACGCAGCGCGGUGCCACGGCCACGCUGCCCUGCGUGCUGCGCGCCCUGCCUCACAACUACCGCGUCAAGUGGAGCAAGGUGGAGCCGGCCAACUACGGGGAGAGCAUCAUCAUCAUCACCAACGGGCUCUUCCACAAGAACUACGGGCCCCUGAGCCCGCGGGUGCGCCUGCGGCACAGCCACCGUUACGACGCCUCGCUCACCAUCACCGACGUGGCGCUGGAGGACGAGGGGCGCUACCGCUGCCAGCUGGUCAACGGGCUGGAGGAUGAGAGCAUCUCGCUCACUCUGCACCUCGAGGGUGAGCUUGGGGUACAGCUCUGGGGGGUGAGAGCAUCUCACUCACGCUGCACCUCAAGGGUGAGCUUGGAAUCAUCCCUGGGAGACGAGAGCAUCUCGCUCACGCUGCACCUCGAGGGUGAGCUUGGAAUCAUCCCUGGGGGGUGA